AUGAAGGACAACGACAGGGUUGGUGAAUAUUUCAAUAAGAUACUCACCAUUACGAAUCAGAUGAAAGGGUGUGGAGAAGCUAUCAAUGAUCUUAUGAUCAUGGAGAAAAUCAUGAGAUCGCUACCACAGAAGUUUGACUAUAUAGUGGUUGCGAUAGAAGAAUUGAAAGAUCUUUCGAAGAUGAAGGUUGAAGAGCUUCAGAAUUCGCUGGAAGCCCAUGAAAUGAGGAUGAUGGAGAGAAACUCAGUCAAGAACGAUGAACAGACCUUGAAAGUGCACCAUUCAAAAAAUGAGAAGAAGAAAUCAAAGAAGUGGAAAGGGAAACGAUCAAAAGGGAAUUGGAAGGCUGAUAAAGGUAAGGAUGAUCACGAUGAUAAGUUUGUAUCAGCGGAGAAAGAUGGAAGAGCAGAGAAUAGUUAUUAUCCAAAGAAGGAUAAAAGAAACAUCGAAUGCUUCAACUGUCACAAGUAUGGACACUUUGCAUCUGAGUGUUAUGCGAAGAAAAGGAAACAGAAGAGGCAUCAAGGCAAAGAAGCAUAUGUCGCUCAGGAGGAUUCAGACUCGGAACCUCUAACCUUGAUGGUGACCACUUCAGGUGAAAGCUCUAUCUCUCUUGCCGACCUGUGGUACCUAGAUUCUGGGUGCUCGAACCAUGUGACGUGCCAUCAAGAUUGGCUAAUCAACUUUGAUGUCAUGAAGAAGAGUAGAGUAAAGUUUGCGGAUGACAAUAUUCUGAAGGUGGAGGGCAUAUGA